CUCUACCUUAAGAGAUAGUAAAUUAUAACCAUGUCGAUGACCAUUUAUAUCUAUUGAACGUAGUAAGAUGAUAUAUUUCUCAGUUUGGAUUUUGCUUCUCUACUGCCUUGGACUGGUGAGGACCGUGUCCUAUGAAAUGUGUUCCACCAACCGAUGUUUUACACUAUUCGACGAAUCGACAACGUGGGAGAACGCUGACGUCUACUGUAAAAAUAUUGGUCAAGAAUUGGCUACCCCUUCCGACCUGUCCACAGCUAACCUUUUAAUUAACUUCUGUAAAACUUACAUAAGGAAUCAAGGUCAAAACACCCCUUCAGUAUGGAUUGGGUUAAGUGAUAUAGCCACUGAGGGUCAGAUGGUUUUCAAAGAUGGAACUGAACUGGAUCUAAAUGUGAGUUGGCCCUGGGCACCUGGAGAACCAGUGAACACCAUUCUUUACAACUGCGUACGGAUGCAGGGUUCUGCGAAUUUCCUCUGGCAGCUAUUUUAUUGCUCUAAUACCUACCUUGUAAUAUGUGAGCGGUCCCUUCUAGUCUAUAUCUUAGAAACCGCUGUGGAAAACAGGGAGUAUUUAGAAAUUUUGAUGUGGCAGACUUUGAGAGAGUUUCAG